CUGUAUCGCGCUAACUAGUUGGCUAGCAUAGGUAGCCACUGCUUGAGAUUCAAACAAGUUUAAGUUGUUAUUAGUAUAGCUAAUGUAGUUGGCAAUGACACAAUAUGCGUUGACAACGUCAGCUUGUUUAAAAAACUUUUCGGUAACCGAGUAAAUAAUUUCAAUAGUUAGUGUUGUAACGAAAGACUCCAAAUUGUAACAUGUUCAUCUGUAGUAAAUACAAUCUAUUUUGGCAUUUGAUAAUUUGUUUACAAACAGUUGUCACCUGAACUGUUCACACUACAGACACUGAUUAAACUGACUACAGUACAGUACUGCUGUAGCUUGCUACGCGUAGAUGAGUAGCUACAGUACCGAAGAUUUGCUAACGUGAAGUUUUUUGAAAAAAAGUUAAUGGAUUUGCUAAAAGUGUACUGAAAAACCAAACCACAAUAUUUGUGCACCCAGCCCCCGCUUCACUGAAGUUCUGAAACUGUACGGCCCACACCAUGUCCGGAUCCCCGGGUUCGGGUGGCUCAAACCCGAGGAAGUUCAGCGAGAAGAUAGCGCUGCACAACCAGAAACAAGCAGAGGAGACGAGGGCCUUCGAUCAGCUUAUGACAGAUCUCACAGUCUCAAGGGUCCAGUUUCAGAAGAUCCAACAGCUGCGAUUGACACAGACCAGGGCCCAGUAUUAUGGGGGGUCCCUGCCCAACGUCAACCAGAUUGGCAAUGCCAGUGCAGAUUUCCAGAGUGGCUUCCAGGGGGGACUGGACAGUGUCAGGGGGACGCGUCACCAUGGUCUGGUGGAGAGGGUGCUCCGAGACCGCAACCAACGCAUUAACCCGCCCCACCGCCGACCAAUCGACAAGCACGAACGGCAGAUGGAGAGCUCGCCCUACGGAGCGGUGUAUCUGUCGCCUCCACCAGACAACAGCUGGAGAAGGGAACAGCAGCCGUGGGCCGAGGAGAAACGACCUGGAUAUAGAUUAAUGUCUCAGCUCAACAGAACCAACUCAGACUCGGCUCUGCAUACAAGUGCCAUGAAUCCUAAUCCCCAGGACCCCUUUGUAAUGAACCAUCAGAUGGGGCGCGGCCCCCCCCAGCGCAACGCCAGUGUGAAUGAGGCCGAGGUGGACAGCUCUGGAGAUGUUUUCUCCUUCCCAAACCUUCCUAAUGAGGAGGGUCUAAUUGGUGUCAGCAAGCCCCUGCCCAAGCAGCUGUGGGAGGCCAAGAAGGUACAGUCCCUCUCACUGCGCCCCAAAUCCUGUGAAGUGCCUGGAAUAAAUAUUUUCCCGUCUCCAGAGCAGAACCCCGGUCUCUCCCAUUACCAGGGCUCCUUGAGCACCGGCGGCUCCCUGCCAGACCUCAGCAACCUGCACUUCCCCUCUCCGCUGCCCACCCCCUUGGACCCGGAGGACGGCCACCACGCAGGUGGGGGCUACAAUAACCCCAACGUGCGCGGCAGCACCGGCAACCUGCCCGCCGCCAUGAUGCACCUGGGCAUUGGGAGCAACCAAGGAGGGUGGACUGAAGGAGGCCUUUCAUCCUCUCUGAGCAACCCUUCCAUCCAGGGUUCCCUACAGAACUCCCAGCUCCACUCGUCCCUCAGCAAUCCCGCCAUCCACUCGUCCCUCCGCCUGACGUCCCUCUCCAACCCGCCUCAGGGCGCCAUGAGCAGCUCGCCACGCCGCAGGCCUGCUCCCAUCAGCCCUCUAACCCUGUCGCCUGGUGCCGAGCAGCGGCGAGGACUGGCCAAGCAGCUGUCGCCCACCAUGUCUCCGUCACUGUCCCCAAUCACGCAGGGGGUUGCUUUGGACACCAGCAGCCUGCCAAUGGAGCCUCCCCCACCCUACCCACUCUACCAACAGCAACACCAGCCGUCCCAGCAUUCAAUGGGGCAACAACGCCAGCAGCAGCAGCAGCAGCAACAACAACAACAUCAUCAUCAACAACAAAAGCAUCAACAGCUUCAGCAGCAGCCUUUGUCCCCACUGCAGAACAUUUCUCUGGACUUCAACUCGGGUCAUAACAACAUAGCAGCAUUGUUCACUGACCCGUUUAUGGAGCCCCAGUUCUCCAGUGGCCCGGCCAAGGCUCAGUCCUACCAGGUAAACCACCGGGGAGAAGGCUCUAGGGAAGGAUCCUCAGGAAAUCACAUUCCUUCAUUUACAUUGGACCAGUUCAGCAUGAUCGAGAAUGCCAUGAACCAAAUGGCAGGAGGUUCAUGUUUCGACCCAUCCUCUCCCUCUUCGUCACUCUACUGCUCACAUGCCACCCUCAUGGGCCUGGGUGGGAGCCAUGGCAACCUGCAGGACCACCUACCGCAGAUGAGACCCAACUUCUACUCCAACUGCAGCGGAGGAGUGCCCAAUAUUAUACUCACUGAUGACUCCAACCCCAAUCUGUCCAAGGACAUCAGUAGCGUCAUGACGACCGGCAACAUGGCGGAAUGUUUCGACUCAGAAGGUGGCUUCCCGCUGGAGGACGAGCUGCGCAUCGAGCCCCUGAGCCUGGACGGUCUGAACAUGCUCAGUGACCCCGACAUGGUCCUCUCCGACCCCUCGGUGGAGGACAGUUUCCGCAGCGACAGACUGGCAUCGACAUGAACAAGCUAGCCAAAACACUCACGACAGUAAUUCCAGUACAAAGAAAAGACAACCUACCUCUCAUAGAUUUAUCUACCAUCUGCGGGUAUAAAUUGCAUUCACGGAGAUGAUCCUUGUGGUAUUUACAUUGGAUGAAUUACCAAGUUUGUCUUUGCCUCCAGUCCGACUAGCUCAAUGAGGCAUAGGUCAUUCCAUUGUUCUAGUGAAAUCUCCACCCAUCCUGGGCUCUGGUACCCAUCGGUCCAUGCAAAUCCGACCCAUUGAAACGCACCUGAACACCACUCCCCAGAUCAUUUGGCCUGUGGACAUUUUUAAUUUGCCAAAACCCCAGCACAUCCUAGAUAACUGAAACCUUGGUGUAAACAUCCCUCUUUACGCAAACAAUUGACUACACACUCGGAGCGUGCAUGUCCUGGAGCAUGCUUAUGCUGUGUUUUAAGUUAUUUCCACACACACACACACACCCCUCCCCAAGUCAGAGGAAUGGACUUGUGAACAUUGCUCGCCACCCAGACCCAUGCAAACCAUCAUUAGUUGCUGAUUGACUGACUGGCCACUGAGAUGUACUAUAUGAACAUAUUACCCAUAUUAAAUCGGCACAGGGCAUUACUGCCAGGUCACCGUUGCCUCCUGUUGAUGCUGCACGGUUCGGGAUUCUCACCAGAACAACUGAGGCGACUGAUCGGUUCAGUGAUUGGCUCAUUUCAGCACACCCGGUAUACCUGUUUGGACUCAAUGCCCACGUAAUGGCGCCAGGCUCCAGGACCUUAGAACGGCUUAACCAAAUCAGUGUGCCCACACAGCCAUCGUUCUGCCACAGCAAAGCGUCUGUCUGUGGAUCCCUGGCUGCUGUAGACGACCAGAACAGCAGGUGGGUGCAGAUGUUCUGGACCAAAGCUGGUGAAGCUCGGAGCAAGAGAAUGCAAAAAAAACUACUAAAAAACACCUAUUUUGGAACAAGAAUUUCGCCCUGUAACCUUUUGUAGGCUGUGUUGUAGAACAGGACAGAUACUGGAGACAAUGUUCUGAAACAGCACGUGAAUGCUGUAUCCUGGAACAUGUUUUUAAUGUGUUUGAACAGGACCCAUUCUCCGGUAGAAGCAUUUCUUGUUCUAGAACAUUUUUUUGUGGACCCCGGGAGGAUUUGUCAGUCCCCAGGACACCUCUCCACUCAAGCUGGUUUCAACCAAUACUGAAGACAUCGCAACGCCAUCGCCAGAUCCCAUUGGUUACACCCCUUCACGGUAACCAGCCCAACGCCUGGCCUGCGCAGCACUGGGGCCGUUUACACAACAAUGUCCAUUCCUCCCAGAAACGCGCAUCUCUAAGAAAUCUCUGGGCCUGUAUUAGUAGUGGAAUGGUAUCAUCCUAUUACUAUGCUUGUAGCUUGUUAGCACUGUGCUAAUAUUAUUUUAGUGCUUUGACACAAGUUCUGGGCUUGGACGGUUUUCUUAGUGUGAUAAUCAGGUGAAGGCCAGUCCUGUCGUAGCCCAGCCCAAUGACACUCCUCUGCCGGGAGGGACUACAACUUACAAUCAAUGUAGUAAUUAAGACGAGGGAUUGAUCUCAUUCUGUACUGAGUGUUAUUUUUUAAAUGUUUUUGCUAUACAGUCUUGGUAUGUUUUUUUGUAAAAACAAAUUGCCACAAAGUUAUAAUAUGCCUCGUUUUAAUUACGGUCUGACUAGAAUGUAUUUUUUAAUCAAGAGACAAAAAGGGCAAACUGUUUACAAAGAGAAGAUUUUAAGAAAAAUGUACUAAUGAGUAACUUUGAAUUUCUGACAUUUUGGUCAAUUGUAAAACAGACAUAAGAGGAUGUGUGUGUGUAUAUAUAGUCUGUAUUUUGGGUCCCAGUUUGAGUGGGUUUAUCCCCCUCCCCCUUCUUUUAGACUUAAAUGGACUGAACCCUCUGGUUGUUCUGUUUAUCUAGGAAUGGAAAUGCAGAACUUGGACAUCAUAUAUGGGGUUUUUGAGAGGGUUGAUACAACCUAAACCAUGAAAAUGGCAAUUUAUUUGUAACUUCUUUAUCUACUACUAUAUAUCUAUAGCCAUUAUAUUAACAAAAUAAACUAUAUUUUACUUUUUGUACCGACUUGUGAUGCAGCUCAUGAUGAAGUAGUUGUGAGUUUUGAACCUUGGGACACCUAUAGGGAGGCUUCUGUCGGUGGUUUACUGUGUAUGUUUUACUUCCUGGAAAAUCUGUGUUCUGAUUGGCUUAUUGAUAUAGGAGCCAGACCCUUGCAUCCCUAUUGAAACAGCCAUCAGAUGGUAGAAAGGUCAAAAUGCAGUAACACUGUGGACGCUGAACACUUUUAACAUUGCCUUGUGUGAUAUUUUUGCACUGAGCUUUUGAUUGAGAUGAAAUGUAUGGGAAUGUGAUUUUUACUGCUAUAUAUUUUGCUGGUAGGAAUCUAUUUUUAUGUAACAAAAGACCCAAAGAUAACUUUUUAAAAAAAGUCCUCACUGAAUCCAUUGUGUUGAAAUGCUGAAACAACUUCAGGUGAUAGACUAUUAUAUUUUUUUAUUUGCACAGAAAAAUAUGUAUAAUUCUUCGCAGCGUUUCAAAGGAGAUUCAACAUGACAAAUCAUAUUAGUUUUUUUCUAUAAUGCUAAAUGACAGAACUAGCAUUAGACCUAUGUAGUUUUAUUGGUCACGUUUGUAUUCAUAAUCACCUGAACCUGGAUGAAAAUGAUCAGCAAAUGAUCAGCGCCCAUAUCCUAAAGGCUAUGGUGUAGGUAUAAGUACAGGAUAAGUUUAGCCAUUUAGAUUAUAAUAAAUAAAACGAUCCAUUGCUCUUAGCUAAGUCUUACUGUCAGGGCCAUUUAACAGCAGAUGUUCAUACCUUCUUAGUGGAUAUUGUCAUUAUCCUAAGUGUUUUCAGUGAGAAAUUAUCUGUUUACACGUUGCUAAUACUGACACUGAUUUGUUCGUAUCAGAUUUUAGGUUUUAGGAGGCGGUCGCUCUUUAAGAGAAAUUCAAGACUGCAUUCAAGAUGGUUUAAGUUGGCAUUUGGGAGAGCUUUAUUUUAAGAAUUCUUGACCAGAGGCAUUUCUGUGAAUUUUCUGCCACCAACUCGUUUGUGGUUAAUGUCACGCUGGCUAUGCACGUUUUGUUUUGUCAUGCUGUCACCUGAGACAUCAUAUCAAUAUAACCUGUUGAAUGUAAACAUUCAUAUUAUGCAAAUGUGAUUUGGUAACCCAGAUUUUUUAUACAAAAUAAGUUUUGAUUCGCUUCUUACAAAAAUGUUGUGCCUGCUUUGUAAUACGACAAGGCAAGAGCAAUGCUACUUGUGUUGAAUGUCCACAGCUAAUACAAAGGGAUGGAGGAGCUAAAAGGCCAGAGCUUGUUUACUGAAAGGUAUGAGGAUGGAUUGGUUGUGUUUGUGACCAUAAGGGUAUUUACCAAACAGGUACAACUAUUGGCAAUUACAGACACUCGCCCAAACCCCCUUUCUGUAAAAUAGCUGGCCGUGCUUGCAUGUGUGUGGAUGUAUGGAUGAAGAGUUCUGUGCUUCUGUUGCUUAUGUAUUACUGCCAUGUGAUAUAUCCGCCCUCUCAUUAGAAAAUGUUUUUAAGAACUCAUUUGGGAUUUGGUUUUCCCAAAUGUAUUUUUUUAAACUGACAGUUUUCCGUGAAUUUUUCCAUUAAAGGAACUUUGUAUAUGGCUAACACGCUGAUCCUGAGAUUAAUGGUGGGAUGGGACUGUAUCUAUUAGGUUUGGAACCAAACAGGCUGAUACAGGGAGAGCCUAGCUGGACUUUCUGAAACAUUUUGUAAUGUUUGUUGUCCUAUGAAACAUGACUCAGUAUGAUUAUCUAGCUGUGGUCAAACCCAGAAGUGCUACUAUAAUAUGGACAGGCUUUUCUUCUAUUUGCAAGAACCUGUUUUUUCAAGUCAAUUCAUUGGAGAACUCGGUCUUUUGGAGUGGGUAGUUGUUUUUGCACAGCUCUUUUUUUGUUUGAGGUGUUGAAUCACUGCAAAAUAAUGUCUAGAUUUUGUGUUAGAAAUGUAUGCAAAUAUAUCCAGAAGCGCAUUUUUUAACAUAACUUAACUAUGCAGGCUUGCCAUUUUGUAUAAUAAAUUGUUAUAAAUUAGGUGUUAGUGAUUAGCUGGAGUAAAACCCUGCACACCAGAGGACAAACCAACAGUAGACUAGCCUAGGGUUGAGCAGGUGACCACCCCUGUGGUGUCCGGAGCCUGGCCUUUGACCCCAGUUCCUUCAGCUUCCCCUGAAGUAUUUCAUCCACUCUACUGCCUUACUGAUUUGAAAUGUGAUGUCUGGUGUCCCCCUUUGAUAUUUCUGUACUUAUACUGUGACUUCCAUGAUCUCCCUGCUCCUGCCACUGUUUUCUUCUAUUUCACCAUUUGGCUUGUUUUAUUUUUUGUUUGUUAUUACAGUUUUAUUACUGAUGAUAGAGCUGAUAUUGUUGAUGUUGUCAUUUAUCAUUAUUCAUUUUUGUUGAAGGAUUUCAGAAAAUGUCUCUCCUUUUUUUGUUUGGUGUCUUAUUUUUUUAGUUACCUUUUAAAGAAUAUGUACAGUUCUAUUAUUUAAACAAUGACUUGUGCACUAGUGUUCCUAUUUUUUUGUAAUAUGUCAUUCUAAAAAAAAAUUUUUUUCUUUUUUAGAUAUAACAUGCUACACCACAAGGCUUUUUGGUUUGUGACGUAUGUCAUAGUGCUUUACCUUGGCUUUAAUAUCAACAAUAAAACCCUAUACUGUGUCUACAGUAA